GUCAUAAUGACUGAGGCGGAGAAUCAAGCACGCGGACCAGAGCGAUGGUGACGGAGUACGAGCAAACACUAACACGACGGGAGCUCGGACAGUCUCAGAGGGAAAGAAAGAUGUUUGGGGUAAAACCCAGAGACGUUUUAUUCUCCGUUUUCGCGAUAGAGUGCACAGGAGGAGAAUUUAGUUCGGCUUCAUUCAUCGGCGGAGUUUCAAUGAAAAGUGUACAACCUAUCACGCGGCACAGAGUCUGACUGUAAACAACAGUCAGUGCUACAGAUAAAUAAAGACACGCUUGAUUUAGCGUUUACUCUCCGUUUACAAUAGUUUCUCGCUGCGUUUCGAGGCUGUUGGAUUGCUCAGGAUGCAGGUGAAAAAGCAGAGGAGCUCCGAGGACUCUCAGAGGGAUGAAAUGAAGAAAAAGCCCUCAUGUUUCUCAAAUAUUAAGAUAUUUUUAGUGGCGGAAUGUGCGUUGAUGUUGGCACAGGGCACAGUGGGCGCAUACUUGGUGAGUGUGCUGACCACACUGGAGCGGCGCUUCAAUCUUCAGAGCGCUGAUGUGGGCGUCAUCGCCAGCAGCUUUGAGGUUGGCAACCUGGCCCUCAUUCUCUUCGUUAGUUAUUUUGGUGCUAAAGCCCACCGCCCUAGGUUAAUUGGCUGCGGUGGCAUUGUCAUGGCUCUGGGAGCAUUGCUCUCUGCAUUACCAGAAUUCCUCGCCAGUCAAUACAAGAUCACAGACACAUGGAGCAAGGAUCUGGGGCGAGACGUGUGCUCCAACACCUCUAAAGCUGAUGAAGCGUGUGGGAAUAGAGCCAACACCAACAUGAUGUACCUGCUUCUGAUUGGAGCCCAGGUGCUGCUGGGUAUUGGUGCCACACCUGUUCAGCCCCUGGGUGUGUCCUACAUAGACGAUCAUGUUCGGAAGAAAGACUCCUCUCUCUAUAUAGGUAUCCUCUUUUCCACACUGGUGUUUGGACCUGCCUGCGGUUUCAUCCUGGGAUCGGUCUGUACCAACUUUUACGUGGAUGCUUUGUUCAUCGACACAACUAAGCUGAACAUCACUCCUGAUGACCCCCGCUGGAUCGGUGCAUGGUGGGGCGGCUUUCUCCUCUGCGGUGUCUUACUCUUCUUCUCAGCCCUAUUCAUGUUUGGUUUCCCUCAGUCUCUGCCUGGCAAGGAGGUGGAGGGAGGUCAUGAGAGCGAACAGACUAUGCUGCCCUCGUCUUUACCCCAGGAUUAUGAGAAAUCCAAGCCCAGCAAUGGAGUCUACCAGAACUACCAGCCCAACAGCAACAGUCUGUCCUGCUGCCAGCAUCUCCGAGUUAUUCCCAAGGUGACCAAGCACCUGCUGUCAAACCCGGUGUUCACGUGUAUUGUGUUAGCUGCCUGUAUGGAGAUUGCUGUUGUUGCUGGCUUUGCUGCCUUCCUGGGCAAAUAUCUGGAGCAGCAGUUCAACCUCACCACCACCUCUGCUAACCAGCUGCUGGGGAUGACGGCCAUCCCCUGUGCCUGUCUGGGCAUAUUCCUGGGAGGUCUACUGGUGAAGAAGCUGAACCUGUCUGCUCUGGGAGCGAUUCGGAUGGCCAUGCUGGUCAAUCUGAUCUCCACGGCCUGUUACGUGUCCUUCCUGUUCCUGGGCUGUGACACAGGACCUGUCGCUGGGGUGACCGUCGCCUAUGGCAACAAGACACUGCAAGUAGGCCAGAGGCCGGAAGCCCCCUGCAUGAGUCAUUGUAACUGCUACACUUCUUCCGUUAGCCCCGUUUGUGGCUCCAACGGUGUGACCUACUUGUCCUCCUGUUUGGCUGGCUGCACCAGAGUCAUCAGAACCGGACUUCCACCUCCUCUCUCUCAGAAUAUGACAGGGUGCGCGUGUAUCUCCGCAUAUGACUCUGCCACGGCUGUGCCAGGGAAAUGCCCACGUCCCGGCUGCAAGGAGGCCUUCCUCACCUUCCUGUGUGUGAUCUGUGCCUGCAGUAUGAUCGGAGCCAUGGCCCAGACGCCCUCCGUCAUCAUCCUCAUCAGAACUGUGAGCCCAGAGCUGAAGUCAUACGCUCUUGGAGUCCUUUUUCUGCUUCUGCGACUGUUAGGGUUCAUUCCUCCUCCUCUGAUAUUUGGCAUGGGGAUCGAUUCCACAUGCCUUUUCUGGAGCACCGAGUGCGGGGACAAAGGCGCCUGUCUGCUGUACGACAACGUGAGCUACCGGCACCUGUACGUCAGCAUGGCCAUCGUCCUCAAGGUCGUGGCAUUCCUCCUCUACACGACCACCUGGCAAUGCCUGCGCAGAAACUACAAGAAAUACAUUAAAAACAAUGAGGGUUACGUUACACCCACCGAAAUGUUCUCGUCCAGCGUGAAUCUGGACAGCAUCGGGAAGGACAGCAGUCAAAGCCAAGUCAACAGGACUAAAUUUAUAUAUAGCCUGGAGGAUCACGAGUGGUGUGAAAACAUGGAGUCCGUUUUAUAGUGGUUUCGUGCUAAUUCAAGAAGGAUCGUCUCUUAUUCCAGGAUGUGUCCGACUUUCUUGUAAACUCCUUCAAACUCUUCUACUGGGUCCAUCUUGUUUUUACAAGUACUCUCACAGGUGUUUCUCCAGUGCCAGUAAAAUGUUGUGGUAGUUAGCUGAAGGCGUCUACUUCAAUGCCUGAUUGUGUAGCCGGUUUGUUCACUUCACACAGCUGUGCAUUAGCUGAAGUCAUGCACAAAAUGACUUUUUUAAUAAAUUAAAAAAAAAAAUUAUAUAUAUAUAUAUAUAUAUACACAACUAAAAUCAACAAGUUUAAUUCGUCAUCAGUCAUCCGGCUGGUUGAUGCUGGUUAUGUUCUUGACCCCCGCCCCAGUCCGUUAUUAUUAUGGGGAUCAUUUAGUACAUCACAACCAGUUUAUUAAUACUAAUAUAUCAUUCUAUUGUAUACUACAUACUGCAAUUUUAUACAGUAUAUAUAUAUAUAUAUAUGAAAACAAUAUCAAUUAUUUCUCAAAACAUUAUUAGGGGUGUUUGAGACAUGUUUUUUUUUUUUUUCUAAGUGCUUUUUGCAGCAUUUGCUUCUAGCUGUUGUUAAUUUAUAUUGUUUAUUGAGGCCUAUAAUGUCUUAAUUUGUAAAGGUUAUUGAUACUGUACAUUGUAAGCUUCUUUAUAUAUUUGUGCAAUAGUGGGAGAGUGUAUUUGAUUUUGUUUCGGAUGGUGAAGACAUAGCGAAUGAGAUUUGUAGUUUUAUUAAUGAAUUUAGGAAUGCCUCUUUAUACAGAUGAGAAUAAUGACAUGUUUGGGACUAGACUUUGAGAAAAUAUUGUGAUCUACAGCGUGACUGACUUCAGAGGAGAGGUAUUGGGAAAAGGCGUUUUUAUUAAAUGGCAGAAGACUAUUGUCAUUUGUGAGUGGUGCUCUCGUCUUUCUGUAGAGCAAAUAACGUUCUGACGGUCAGGCUUGGCCUUGGUAUUUAUGAGUUGGAUGAAGAAUUACAUUUUAUACAAUUAUAAUGUAACAUGUAAAGUGUGUUUCAGCUUUGGAUUGAGAUUAAACUGUUUUAUUUCACUUCACUGCAAUAAGACAUGGCACUGUGGGUAGAAAUAGAGCUGUAUACAAAAGACACUUGGAUAAAAACUGUUCAUGAUGAAUUUCUGGUUUUACAUUAUUUGAAUUUCCUCUAAAGCUUCUUCAUAGCACAUCAUUCUUGUUUUACAAGCGGUAACUGCAGGUAAAAAUGUAAGCAGUGUACUUUUCAUAUCAUUUUUUUUUUUUAAUGGCAAAAUAACUUUUAUUUUAUUCUGCAAAUAAAUUAUUUUUCAUAAAAUGUCAGA